UUAUUGUUGAUGAAUAGAGGGAAAUUUGAAUUUGAAGGAUUCAGUCCUGAAAGUGGGAUAUUGUGCUGCGCAGGGAGCUGCUAUUGUCGGUUCCCGCCGGCCUCCGUUGAUCGGACUUGGAGGGCCAUGCGAUGAAGUCGGCCUGAUGUUUUUUCGCCGCGAUGGAUUUAUACCCCAUACCUGGUGCCUCCCUCUUGACCUUCCCCAUCCCCGCAUCCCAAAAAUCCAACCCCGGAAUCUCCACCUCAUUUCACAAAAAUGGCCUCCGCAGCCGUCAUGACCCCCGCGACUGGCGCCAGCGUCGCCCCGGCGCCCGAGACGUACAAGCUAGAGCUCCUAACCGCCUACGGCCCCGUGUUCCGCGACGUGCUCAAGACGCCGCCGCGUGACUGCCGGCCCGACGAGGUGCCCGUGAUCAACGUCUCGGCCCUGCGGUCCGACGACGAGGCGGCGCUCGGGGAACUCGCCGACCGGGUGCGCGAGGCCGCCGAGCACACGGGCUUCUUCUACAUCUUGGGCCACGGCAUCCCGCAGGAGCGCGUCGACGCCGCCCAGGCCCAGGUGCGCCGCUUUUUCCGCCAGCCCGACGAGCUCAAGGAGCGCGUGGUCAUGGCCAAGUCCAAGUACUACUGCGGCUGGUCGCCCCGGUCGUCGGGCCAGCUGUCGCCGUCCGAGUCGCGCGACCUGCGCGAGGGCUUCACGUUCCGCUACCACCCGCGCCACGACCCGGCGCACGCCGCCGCCGCCGCGGGGUCUGGUGCUGCCGCCGCCGCCGCCGCUGCCUACGACGACGCUAACAUCCCGCCCGAGGUGGCGCCCUACAUCCGCGGCGGCGAGCCCUUCGUGUGGGAGGGCACGGCGCACCUGGACGGGUUCAAGGACGCCCUGGUCGCGUACUGGCAGGAGUGCCUGGCGCUGGCGCGGCGGCUGAUGCGCGUCUUCGCGCUCGCGCUGGGACUGCCCGCGCGCCACUUCGACGGCCUCGUGACGUACCCGGGCGCCGACGGCGUCUUCCAGUUCUACCCGGCCAUGACGGCGGCGCAGGCCGCGUCGUCCGAGGACGUGGGCAUCGGGUCGCACACGGACCUGCAGUGCUUCACGCUGCUGUGGCAGGACGCCGUCGGCGGCCUGCAGGUCCUGACGGGCGCGGGGCAGUGGGUGUGGGUCCCGCCGGUGCCGGGGACGCUGGUUGUGAACAUUGGCGACUUCCUGAUGCGCCUGUCCAACGACCGCUUCAGGUCCACCGUCCACCGCGUCUGGAACCGGAGCACCGUCGACCGCUACUCGAUGCCCUUCUUUUUUGGCUUUAACUUCAACGAGACGUGCGCCGUCCUGCCUACUUGUGUCAGCGAGGACAACCCGGCCAGGUACGAGCCCAUCAGUUGCGGGGAGUGGUGCCAGCUUCGGCACAAGAAGACGUUUGAGGCCAAGGAGAAGCAGGGGCAGUCUAGAUGUGUUGGUGUGUUUGGCUUGUGGUCAGUGGUCAAGAGACACUCGGGGUAGUAAAAGGAGAUAAAAAGAUAAAAAUGAGAUUUAGAAAAAGCCCUCCAAGAUGAGCCCCCAUAAUACAGUCCCUGUC